ACAUUGCCCCCCCCCCCAGUCAAAACGUGAGCUUUUCACAAAAUUAACUUUUCACAAAAUUUUUGUCAAAAUAAGUGUCCUAAAUCCAGUGAGAAAACAGGAUUUGGGGGUUCCCUAGGCUUAGCUCCUAGUUUCUUGCCCCCCCCCCCCUACAAUAAAAAUUCCUUUGACGAGGACUUGCCUAUCUCAUAGAGGAUUUUCCCAGUAUGCCUCAGGGACCCAACCGAAUGAUUUUUUUUUUAUUACCAGGCUGUGUGCCUCUUCUCGAGGUCCAUUUAAUUACAGAAUUGUUUGCUUUGUCCUUCAUUUUCAGAUAUUCCAGUGCCUCAGUGAGGCCAUGGGAGACAUGGGGUACGACCGGCCGGCGGAGGUUUGCCGAACCAAGUUAAAAACGCUCCGGCUGCGUUUCAACAGCGUCGCCCGGGCCCGGGCACGCUCGGGAGCGGGCAGUGGAGAAGACAUGCCGCACCAAGAUCUGCUACAGGAGCUACUUGGUGGCCGACCGGUCGCCACCAGCACCGGCUCUACCAUGGAUCUUGGGAUCCCGCAAGCAGAUCCUCCACUGCCCGAAGACAACGUCGUCUCCUUCCGGGGAGAAGCCGUGGACGCCAAUACCGACGACAUAUCCACCGUCGCGGGCGACGCGGAGCUGCAACAACUUUACGAGGACCUCUUUGAGGCUGGCACGCCUCAGACCCUGCCCGCCUCCGCCGCCCGCCCGACCGCCGCUCGCCUGCCCGCCUCUGCCGCGCCUCAGACCUUGCCCGCCUCCGCCGCCCGCCCGACCGCCGCUCGCCUGCCCGCCUCUGCCGCGCCUCAGACCCCGCCCGCCUCCGCCGCCCGCCCGAUCGCCUCCGCCGCCCGCCCGCCCGCCUCCGCCGCCCGCCCGCCCGCCUCCGCCGCCCGCCCGAUCGCCUUUGCCGCCCGCCCGACCACCUCUGCCGUUCGCCCGCCCGCCUCUGCCGCCCUCCCGACCACCUCUACCCUGAGCCCUACCCCGUCUUCCACCGCACGCCCCGGUCCAUCUACUUGCGUUCCGCACUCAGCUUCCGACCUGCUCCAAAGCCCGCGCUCCUCUCAAUCAGACAACUCUCUGCCACACCUCCAUGACAUUCCUGACGACCAAUCCGUAUCGAGCCACCAGUCCUCUCUGUCGCCCCCCGCUCCUCGCUCCGUUCCUGAAUCCCGUAAUCGCACCACCUCCUCCUCCUCCUCCUCAACCACUUCCAGCACCCGAAGCCGCCACCCCACCCGCCUUACGCCCGCACAACCAGCUCCGCCAGCCGACGACGGCCUCAGCGGCACCGAGAGGGCCGCUCGGCAGCGGCAGGCCAGGCGCCGCAGCGCGACCGGCUACCGGGACCGGGUGCUGUCCGCCCUGGAGGCCUCCCAGGAGGAGGACCGCCGGGCGGCGGCGCGGGAGGAGGCACGCGACGAGCGGGAGGACCGCGUGCUGGACGCCCUCCUGGAGGAGAUGCGGGCCGGCACCAACCUGCUCCGCGAGGCGGUCGGCGUGAUGCGCGACAUGGCCGCUGCGUCGGCCCGCCGGGCGCACCGUCGCCGUUCGCGGUCGCGUUCACCUAUGUAAAUAUGAAUAUAUGUGUUAUCGCACAGUGGAAACUCAAAAUAUAAUCAAGAUUUACUUUGUCA